UCUGAUUUGACAAUAUGGUCUCAAGCAAUCGUAACUAUUAUGUUGUACUUGUUUUGUUAUUACUGUUGAAAAAAGGAUCUUGUUGUCCAGACGGAUGGACAAUCUACAGGAACUCUUGUUACCAUGUCAGUAGGGAUUCCCAGAACUGGUUUAAUGCUAUGAAAAUAUGUGAAAUACACGAUAGCUACAUAAUACAUAUUGACGAUGCUGAUGAACAAGGCUUCAUUACACACUUACUUCAAUCGUCCAGUGCUAAUAACACGUGGCUUGGGGCUACUGAUUGGACAGUGGAAGGUUCAUGGCAAUGGGAGCCACAUGGACAAAAGUUGAAUUAUACAAAUUUUGCUCCAGGUCAGCCAAAUAAUUAUCAUUCCCAAAACUGUUUAGUAAUGGAUCGUCUACAUCGUUAUCAGUGGAACGACUUGGAGUGUCUAUCAUUGACGAGGCAUUAUAUCUGCGAAAGAGGAGAAAACAGUGGCAUCAUCUUUGGAUAAUGAAAAGAUUAA